AUAGACUUCCUACCCUAAAAUCCCUUUUCUUACCUGCUCCAUUCCUACUUUCUAGUUUCUAUUUAUGAAACAUUUUGUCCUGCAUCAUUACUUACUGCUUUUCAGAUGCCCAGUUGCAGAUGUUACUAUGAUCCUAUCCUGAAAUUCAUGGGUACUAAGUAGAUCAGGCAUUUUUGUCAUUUGAAAUCUGUUGAGGAGAAAAAAGAGCUAAAUAUUUUAAUAACCUCAAAUCAUUUAAGUUAUGUGCAUUAUUUCCGUUAAUAAUAUAGCUUUCAUUCCUGACUUCUUAAUUAUUACAGAAGUGGUGAGAAAACAUCUGUUUUACAAGAUCACUAUCUGGAUUCAUCCUGGAGAAAUGAAAAUGGUCUUAUUCCUUGGACCCUGGAUAGCUCCAUCAGUGAAGAGAACAGAGCUGCCAUUGAGAAAAUGUUGUUGGAAGAAGAAUAUUAUUUAUCUAAAAAAUCACUUCCAGAAAAACUCUGGCUUGAUCAAAAGGAAGAUGAGAAAAAAUAUAUGAAAAGGGUACACUCUCCUACAAAACCAGCCAGUUACUCAGUAAAGUGGACGCUAGAAGAAAAAGAACUGUUUGAACAAGGGCUGGCUAAAUUUGGCCGAAGGUGGACCAAAAUUGCAAAACUAAUUGGAAGUCGCACUGUUUUACAAGUAAAGAGCUAUGCCAGACAGUACUUUAGAAAUAAGGUGAAAGUAGAUGGUCCAGAGAAGGAAACACCAAAUCAGAAGAGCAGCAUUGACCAACAAGUUAAAAGUGAAGGUGAAAGGACAAAGGCUGGGAUACAGUCGGGUCUAAAGGUUCAUGCUGAUCCCAACUUGAAUGCUGUAAAAAUCGAAACUUUGUCUGAUGAUGAAGAAGUAGACAUCACCGAUGAAUCAGAUGAGUUCACUUCUCAAGUAUCUGAAAGGAACCCUGGCGUUGACUUUACUAGCAAAGCCUGUGAGGCUAGUCAAAGAGAAUCCAGUGCUACUAGAAGCCAAGAAGAGCCCAUUUCUAAAUGUACUGAGGAAAGUCUUCAGGACAUACAGUUUGGUGACAUGGAAACACUUUCAAGCUCAGGAAUUACACUUUGUACUGAAAAGGAGAGCACCACUGAGAAAAAAUCAGUUGAAUUAAGUGCUCAGAAAUAUAAUAAACUGGUCAAAACCUCUGACAACCCUGAUAGAAAUGGACUGACAGGUGUUGCCACAGAGUUGCCUUCUCCAAAGCCUUGUGAAAUUCAGAAAGAUUUGGGUGAUGGUGAAAUAUCUUUUCAUUCAUCCGUCCAAACGGAGGAGGAGAACCAUGAGGAGGAAGAACUUAAGCCACCAGAACAAGAAGUAGAAAUAGAUAGGAAUGUUAUUCAAGAAGAAGAAAAACAAGCAAUUCCCGAGUUUUUUGAGGGUCGACAAGCUAAAACGCCAGAACGCUAUUUGAAAAUCAGGAAUUACAUUUUGGACCAGUGGGAAAUAUGCAAGCCGAAAUAUUUAAAUAAGACAUCAGUACGUCCUGGCCUGAAGAACUGUGGGGAUGUUAAUUGUAUUGGACGAAUUCAUACUUACCUUGAGUUGAUAGGAGCCAUCAAUUUUGGAUGUGAACAAGCCAUAUAUAACAGACCACAACCAGUUGAUAAACUACGAAUCCGAGACAGAAAAGAAGUAGAAACAUACCAACUUGCCCGACGUCUUCAGUCUGUGCGCACAAGGAGACGUAGAGUCAGGGACCCGUGGGGAAAUUGGUGUGAUGCAAAAGAUUUAGAAGGACAAACAUUUGAGCAUCUCUCUGCUGAGGAGCUUUCAAGAAGAAAAGAAGAGGCGAAACCUGUGAAGUCUUCAAAAGUGCCAAAGUCAAUGAAGAGCUCAUUUGAUCCCUUCCAACUGAUACCUUGCAAUUUCUUCAGUGAAGAAAAGCAGGAGCCAUUUCAGGUCAAAGUGGCUUCAGAAGUACUUUUAAUAAUGGAUUUGCAUGCUCAUGUGUCUAUGGCAGAAGUGAUUGGUCUCUUAGGAGGACGAUACUCAGAAGUUGACAAAAUACUAGAAGUAUGUGCAGCAGAACCAUGCAACAGUCUGAGUACAGGACUGCAGUGUGAGAUGGAUCCUGUCUCACAAACACAAGCCUCAGAAACCUUGGCUGUCAGAGGCUAUAGUGUCAUUGGAUGGUAUCAUUCUCAUCCUGCCUUUGAUCCAAAUCCUUCCUUACGGGAUAUUGACACUCAAGCCAAAUACCAGAGCUACUUCUCCAGAGGUGGUGCAAAAUUCAUAGGAAUGAUUGUUAGUCCUUAUAACCGAAGCAAUCCUUUACCUUAUUCUCAGAUUUCCUGCCUGGUUAUAAGUGAUGAAAUUAGUGCAGAUGGAUCUUACCGUUUACCUUACAAAUUUGAAAUACAACCAAUGUUAGAAGAACCACAGUGGGGAUUAGUGUUUGAAAAGACAAGAUGGAUAAUCGAAAAAUACAGGCUCUCCCCUAGCAGUGUCCCCAUGGAUAAAAUCUUUCGCCGGGAUUCUGACCUGACUUGUUUGCAGAAACUUUUGGAGUGUCUGCGGAAAACUCUGAGCAAAGUGACCAAUUCUUUAAUUGCUGAAGAAUUCUUGACUCAAAUAGAAAACUUGUUCCUUUCCAAUUAUAAAAGCAAAGAAGAGAAUGGAGUAUCUGAAGAAAACUAUGCUAUGGAUUCAAAAGAAUCACUGAUUUCACAGAAUCCAAACUUGGCCACAUAAAUCCCAUGGAAAGAAAGAUAUAUGAACUUCUUUUCACAGAGAUUUUGAGAGUGUCAUGUCUACCAACUACAUGUAUACCUACUCCAGUACUCCAGGUAGAAACCUUAGCUAGUAAGCAGAACAGGACACUGAGAGACUCUGCUUUACUAGCAUAUUCAGCUUGACAGAUGGGAUGUGUUUCCAAUAUAUAUUUCUCCCUCAACUCGUCAUUUCACUUGUAGUAUCUCAAGUCUUACUAGAACAAUUUGCUUUUUGUCCUGCGUGUUUUGGUUGCAAGUGAGUAGCAUGAAUGAAAUCUCUUGGCUCAGGAGCUACCAUGCUGUGAGAGGCAAGAGAAGUCAUGAGGAAAAGGUCUUAACAACUAGAGAAGUCGUCCAGAGGGAUAGAGCUAAAUUAUUAGUUUAUAAACUAUAGAUAUUUUUCCUCCAUUUUCUAUUAUAGUAGCAAGGACUAAGGAUAUGCCAUUUUCUCAGCUACCUGAAACAUUUUGUAUGAAUUCCACAUCCCAGCUUCAUUUAUAGGUCCAUGCAAGUUAGUAUAUAAAACCUCCUUAAACUGGAAGCUAGGCAGCUAU